AAGAAGAAAAAAGGGAAGAAAUGAAGAAGAAAGAAAAUGAUUUGAUGUGACCAUGAACAUGUACGAAUUCUACAAUGGCAACAUGUGGCAUCUUGAUACCUGUCAAAGAGGACAGCUACCACCGGACUUGGCGUCAAAAAGACGAAUCCUACGCAACUAGACAGAGCUGUACCUUUAGACUUUCACUUUCAAAUCAGAAGACUGCUUGGGCUGAAGACAUCAUACGACGUGUAAGGAGCGAUGGUAGGACACAACGAAGCAACUCCACUACUUGUGAAUGGGUCAAACCAAAUAAGAAACGGUUGGCUCUUCCUCGCGGUGUUUUCAGCGGUUUUGGGCAAUUUUGUUUUUGGUUUUGCCAUGGUUUAUCCGUCACCAGUAAUUCCUCAGCUUAGAAACGGUCAAGACACACGGCUGCGCAUGGACGUUCAUCAGGUUUCUUGGUUUGGGUCCAUUUUCACACUGGGAGCUGCAGUAGGAGGUCUGAGUGCCAUGCUGCUAAAUGACAAGAUAGGACGGAAGUUGAGCAUAAUGAUGUCAGCAGUGCCAUCAACGGCGGGUUUCCUAUUGAUGGGGGCGGCACAGAAUAUCUGGAUGCUACUUCUGGGAAGGUUUCUUACUGGCAUUGCUGGUGGGAUUACCGCCAGUUCCAUUCCUGUCUAUGUGUCAGAGAUUUCACAUCCAGGUGUCAGAGGAGGUCUGGGAUCUUGUCCUCAGAUCACUGCUGUCUUCGGAAGUCUGGCACUCUAUGCUUUUGGACUGAAACUGCCCUGGAGGUGGUUAGCUGUAGUUGGGGAAGUCCCCGUGCUGGUCAUGGUAAUCCUCCUCUCGUUCAUGCCAAACUCGCCACGUUACCUCAUCAUCUGUGGCAAGCGGGACGAGGCUUGCAGGGCCCUGAAGUGGCUCCGGGGGGAGGAGUCAGAAUACAUGGGUGAACUGAUGAAAAUAGAGCGUGGCGUCACAUCACAGGUUGGACUGCAAUGGUCUGAUCUUAAGAGUCCCUUCUUCUACAAACCAAUCUUGAUCUCUGUAUUUAUGAGAUUCCUACAGCAGAUGACAGGUGUAACACCCAUUUUGGUUUAUCUAGAACCUAUCUUUCACAACGUAUCACGCAGUGCCGUUUUACUGGAACCCAAGUAUGACGCGGCACUAGUAGGGGCUGUUAGACUUUUCUCUGUUAUCAUUGCAGCCAGUUUAAUGGACAAAGCUGGCAGGAAAGCUUUGCUCUACACAUCAGGAUUCCUCAUGUUCCUGGCCUCACUUGCUAUGACCAUAUACACCCACAUGACUAUCUGUGAUGGCAGGAACGUCACCGCUGAGGGAUCACCAACACAUAGUCUGCUGACAGAGGCUGCAGGAGCUGUCAAGGGGUCCAUCCCAGACCCCAUCACACUCGUCCCCCUCAUCAGUACCAUGGUCAUUAUAUUUGGUUAUGCAAUGGGUUGGGGUCCAAUCACAUGGCUGCUGAUGUCCGAAGUUCUGCCACUGGGGGCUCGGGGGGUGGCGUCCGGCCUGUGUGUGGUGGUCAGCUGGGUCACGGCUUUUGCCCUCACGCAACUCUUCAUGCAUGUAGUGGACGCCCUCGGACUCUUUGCUCCUUUCCUGUUCUUCUGUGUAGUGUGUGUAGUGAACAUCAUAUUCACAGCUGUGUGUGUGCCUGAAACAAAGGGGCGAACACUUGAGGAGAUCGAGAACUACUUCAGAACAGGACGCUCUUUCACCAUCAUUGAAAGUUAAUGCAGGUCUUUUCUUAGAAUUAAAUUAAUUUGUUGCUACUGUACAUUUAUGCGACUCAUGAGAGUUCUGCAAUUGUAUAUAUGUGUAACUAUUAAAGACAUUUAUGGACA